CGUACCAGGUCGUACCAGCACUACACCAGCCUUAAACUCUCGACAUGCAGCUUCUUCUCGCUGCUCUUCUCGUCGUGGGCUUCAAGAGUCGCACGACUGCCAUUCCCGCUCCGUCAAGACAAAGAUUACAAGAUCUUCUGUCGUCUUGCGAACCAUCUGGGAUUCUAUUCAGCGAUACAUUCGAUACAUCGAGCACUAUUCGAACAACUCACUGGGUCAACUCGUCGGGUGUUGCCAUCGGAAAGAGUUGUCGAAAGACGAGCAACGGUCGGGCGGUAAUAUUUGGAGCGGAGGGAGGCAAUGUGAGACAAGUGGUAACAAAGCCACUCAAUACAACACUAGCCAGAGUGCUUACUUUCGAUGCAUCUCUUUGUCGUGGCUCUGACCAAAUAUCGGGACAGGUUCUCUACGCUUUGGAUGGAAACGACUUCGUUCAGGCGACCGCGUUCACCAUCACGACAAAGCGUCCUCUUCACGUUGUGGUAAGGUUUACGGGAGCGAUGCGUGGCAAUCGUGUGCUUUUGAGUGUGAAACAAACGUCAACGUCUGGCGGUGUGAGAAAGAAUAUGUGGGCGGUCGACAACUUCGCAGUGUUCAGAGGAGACCUGGACUACUACGCCGAACAGAUCGAAGACGAAUUUGAUCCAAUGCAAAGAUGCACUUGGAUUGAUACAUCUACGGCAAGAGUCGAUAAUUAUUGUUCGUCUGAUGGAAUGGCGUUGGCAUUUAAUAUCGGUUUGAGCAAUGAGACCGAGCGGAGUGUGAGGACGAGGCCCGUUUUCUUGCCCGGUCUUAUACCAGACGUCUCAAAGAGCAAUUCGCAUCAAGGCUUGAUCUUCAUGGAAGAUUUCAAGUUGAACACAAACAUACCUAACAGUCAGUGGAAGACGUUUACUGGAGGUGCCGUCACUCAGCCGGACUGUGGAGCUGUCGAUAUGUCGGACACGUCCUCGGCUACGGUCUUCUUCAAUGACUCUGGUGUCCGAUCUAUUGAGACUCAACGUUUGGAUCUGACUUCUGCAUUGGUGAUGUCUUUCUAUGUACGCAUUGGCGGUGACGGAUGUGGAGUAGCCUCGACCGGCCAAGAUGUGGUUGUACAAUACUCACCAGAUGGAGCUUCAUCGUUUACUGAUUUGCGCAUACUCACCUACUACGAUCACUCGACACCUCAAUGCAUCCUUAUCAACCUCCCGGAUGCGGCACGCACGUCAGCAACAGCUCUCCGAUGGUAUCAAGCGAAGAACAGCGGCAAAGGCACCGCAGAAUGGGCGAUCGAUACGAUUCGCAUCGCCGAUCAUGCAGGAAAAGAGCAGCUCGUCUCUAAUUGCUCUUACGGAGAAAAGAUCGUCCACAGAUCUGACUUUUCAAACGUCACGUUACUAGAUGGAAUGUGGUCUACACUGCUAGGAGGAAAGAUUGUCGUUCCAGACUGUGGUAGUAUUGAUGUUGCAGGUUAUAGUCCAGAGGCGGCGUUUUUCAAUCAACGUGGUCAACGAAUCAUGACAACAAGACCGCUAGACUUGAGGAAAACGGACAAACUCACGUUUCGAGCGAGACUCGGUGGAGGCGACGGAUGUGAAGACUUGGACUUAGGAGAUGAUGUCGUCGUCGAGUACAGAGUGCUCUCUUCGGGACGGUAUACCCAGUUAGACGUGUUACAAUACAGCGCAUACCGAAUCGCAAAGACGGUCGAAGUAAGUGUGCCUGCUGCUGCCAGGACCGAGGAGACGAUUGUUCGUUGGCGUCAGCGGUCUAACAGCGGAUUGGGAAAAGACGAAUGGGCUAUCGAUCACAUUCGUUUCUUGACUACGGAAAGAAAGAAGACGAAAGUGAACACGCUCUAUUCCGAGAACUUCGAGUCGCACAUGUCGAUACCUAACGAUCUCUGGUCGGCUGCGGCUGGAGUUGCGUUCAGGAAUCCCGACUGUGGGAGUAUUUCAGGCAGCGGAUCCAAUGACUCAAAGGCGGCCUUCUUUUAUCGUUCUCGAGAUCGAUUCAUUCAGACGCAAGCACUCAACCUGACCAACGCACAAAGUUUGUCUUUUCGAAUUAAAAUCGGCGGAGAAAACGGAUGUGAGGCCGCCGACAAGGGAGAUGACGUCGUGGUCGAGUAUAAAACCGUCAGUAAUGUUUCAUUUGGGAUACUCGACAUUUAUAACUACGGAGACUACACUACGGCUAGAGAAGUCACCGUGGAGUUGCCUUUCGAGGCCCGGACGGAGUCGACAGUAUUGAGAUGGAGACAACUGGACAACAGCGGAAAUGCGUACGACGAGUGGGGUAUCGAUCGGAUCAUCGUGUCUACGAACGAUUCUCAAGAGAUAUUCCAAGACGAUUUCUCUAUUUAUCCGCCAAUACCGGGACCCAAAUGGGCAGCAAUCGCUGGCGGAGAUAUUAUGACACCGGAUUGCGGCACCAUGGAUGUUCCAAAUUCCAGAAGCGACAAGGCGGCGUUCUUUGGCAAGUCCGGUGCUCGAUAUUUGAUGACACAGGCUCUCGAUCUGACGACUGCACAGUCUGUCGUAUUUCGAAUACAGAUAGGAGGAGACGGUGGCUGUGAAGCUGCAGACACCGGAGACGACGUCGUUCUUGAGUAUAAAACAGGCGACAACACUCGUUUCGUUGAACUACAGCUUAUGACGUACAACGGGUUUCUCAAAGCGCAGACGGUCAGCGUCAGUCUUCCCUCGCCUGCCCGGGCGUCGGACACCGUCCUGCGUUGGCGUCAGCUCGACAACAGUGGCAACAACUACGACGAAUGGGCAAUCGAUAAAAUUGAAAUCACCGACGCAGUGGCAGGCAAUACCGUCGAUGUGAUCGAAUACAUUCUACGCGAGAGCUUUGACGCACCGUUUACGACGCCAAAUCGUUAUUGGCAGCAAAUCUACGGCGGUGAGGUGACCGUUCCUCCGUGUGGAAGCAUCAGCUUGCCGGCGGGAAGUGAUACUGCGGCGUUCUUUAGUGACAGGGGAAGUCGGUAUCUUCAGACGAUUCCUCUCGAUCUCGCUCUUGCGAAAACCGUGUCGUUUCGUGUACGCAUUGGCGGCGGAAACGGAUGCGAUAACGCAGAAUCUCUAGACGUAGUCGUGCUCGAAUAUGCACCGCAAGGAACUGGCAUUUUUACGGAAAUCAAACAGCUUAGUACAACUACAUAUCGAACUGCUGAUACCGUUACUAUUACCAUUCCCCAGGCUGCUAAGACGUCGGGUACGAGACUCCGGUGGCGGCAAAAACGGAGCAGCGGGCAAAACUUUGAUGUGUGGAUGCUGGAUGACAUCAUAGUGACUACUUCGGCUACGGUUGUGGCGCCUGAAGUUGAAAAACCGGUCGAGAGGGCGCUCAUAUUGACCGAAGACUUUGAUUCUCCUUCUGCUUUUCCAGGAACAGACUGGUUGAAUAUAACCGGAGGAGAAAUCGAUACUCCGGACUGUGGCGGUAUUGACGUGCCUGGAUACAGUUCUCAGGCGGCCUUCUUUUCCGAAAAAGGUCUACGCUCUCUCACUACAAAACCUCUUGACUUAGAACAAGCCAAACACUUGUCUUUUCGAAUUCUGAUUGGUGGACUGACCGGCUGUGAGAACACAGAAACUGGUGAAGACAUCGUCGUCGAAUAUCGACUCAAUGGCGAUAUAAGUUUUUCUGAGCUGCAUCGUCUAAACUAUGACGCGUAUCGAAAUCCGACUAGUGUCGUUAUUCCUCUCCCCGACACUGUCAAGAAACAGCAGACGUCGAUUCGCUGGCGACAGAUUAAGAACGACGGCAAAAACUAUGACGAAUGGGCGAUCGAUCACAUACGGAUCACGAGCACGUACAUACGGACUCACGUCGUUGAGUUCGACCUGUGCAUGGGAUGCGGUAGCCCGUAUGCGACGAACUCGACCGACUACGACGUUCAUCUACAGUACUCGACAAACUAUGGAGGAAAAUGGCUGCCUGUCCAUCGUACGUGUAGGCCGACUGAUCCGGAUUGCUUGCAGAGUCAGCCGAGCAGCAGCUACUCGUCUGUAUUGUUUCAACAGUGGAGAAGGUUGACGUUAAUAUUACCUUACGGCAUACUGGGUCGCUUCGCUCAGUUCAGAUGGAUGCAGUCGAAUGUACUCAAGACAACAGACUGGGCCAUCGACAACGUCUAUAUUGGUGUCCAAUGCCCCAAUUUCUGCAGCGGUCACGGACGCUGUGUGAAACCGAGAGGAGAGAAAGCUGCUAAUACAUGCGGUGGGAGCAACACGGGAAGACCGUGUGCCUUUCCGUUUAGAUUCGACGGUCGCUCGUACAAAUCGUGCACUCGAAUCGGUAGAGAAGAACUCGACAACGAGUUGUGGUGCUCGACAACAUCGGACUACGACCGAGACAGAAAGUGGGGCUUUUGUACGUGCGGAGUGUGCAAAUGUGACGCUGGCUACGAAGGAGAGGCAUGCGAUAUUGCAAUCACUAGUCCGGUCUCUCCUGCCACGUUUACAGAGCUUUUCGACGCAACGCCGAAUGCGAGCAAAUGGUCGUUUAUUGUCGGAGGAGCCAUCGGCACGAGAUGCGGUCUAGUCUCAUCCGGAAAAGCGAUGGUCUUUAGCACCGGAAAUACUCGAAUUCUCGAGACAGCCGAUGUCUCCGUGCCUCACAACAGUACACUCGAAUUUUCCGUCACGGCCUCGUCGUCCAUUUUACACAGUAGAAAUCCAUGCCCGAUGACGGCUCGCAGUCACUAUGCCGUCUUCGUCCAAUACUCGAUCGACGGUGGAGCGACGUGGCAUUUACUAGAACAGAUUCGACCUCCGUCGUCGUUUAGAACGAUCGUCGUACCGCUGCAAGCCGAAACAAAUUUCACUCGAUUUCGAUGGUAUCAACCGUUCUCCGGAGGAGACGGGCAACAUAUAUGGGCCAUCGAUGACAUCGUCAUUCGGACUCAGGUGCCACUCGCUCUUCCGGUAGUCGACGAUUUCGAACCAAUGAAUGAGACAAUAUGGACGAGUCAUUAUGGAUCACAGCUCGAGAACUAUUGUGGAUCUCUUUCUCCGGCACUUCAUUUUUCUCAUACGUAUACCUCCACUCGAGGGUAUCUUACUACUAACUAUGUCACCGUCUCUCAACGCACGUGGAUUCAGUUCGAUUUAUUGGUGACGUGCGGAGAUUCGUACAAUUACAACAGCGGGGUCACUCUGCAAUACAGCAGAAUCAAUCCUUCCUUUCAGACAUUGCACUACGGAUGCUCUCUCACGACGCUUAUUACUCGAUGCUAUCCUUCAAGGUCGUCUCGUUAUCAUGCCGGUCUGUACAGCUCUUGGCGACGUGUCACUAUCUAUCUCAAUUCGACAAGUUUUGGCGAUAGAUAUCUCAAGGGUCAAAUGACUAUCCGUUUUCGGUGGUAUCCAAGAUUUACAGGAUCGGCCGAGACGGAUUGGGCUCUCGAUAAUUUCUAUAUAGGUAACGGGUGUCCGAAGAUGUGCAAAGGACACGGUCGCUGCACGGCGAGUGGCACGUGUGCGUGCGAUAGAGGAUUCAGUGGAGCAGAUUGCAGUAUAUCCAGCGCGCCAUUGCCCACUCAACUAGCGGAGUCGUUUAGAGAUAAAAAGUUUGACCGUACAAAGUGGACGUCGAUUUCUGCAGGAACCGUCAGCAGUGCGUGUAGUUCGUCGUCUAAUGGUAGCGAAUAUGCUAUGGUAUUCAACCAGGCGGGUAACAGAGAACUCGUCAGCCGGGAUAUUAAUACGACCAAUGCCGACGCGAUCACUUUCACUUACCAAAUCGGUUCGCGAUCGAAGACUACUUGCGCGACGGGAUCUACCAGCACGCUCUCCAUCUUGUUGGAUUAUUCGAACAACGGCGGCGUGACGUGGCAAAAAGUCGAGUUAAUUCGGUACAACAAGGCAUUAGAGAGACCGACCGCCAAGCGGUUGACUGUUCCAGUUGCUGCACGAACAAAUGCGACGCGAUUCCGCUGGUGGCAAAGCACGACGUCGAGACCAAACUACGCCACGUGGGCUAUCGGCGACAUUUUCAUCGGAACAGAAAACAUAUGCUCCAAUGGCGGCACAUUGAAUGCCGACGGAAUGGAGUCUAGCACCAUGGCGUGUGAGUGUCCGUCUGGUUUUGCCGGUGACCGUUGUCAGUUCAUAGACAUCGACGAUUGCAAUCCUAAUCCGUGCAAGAACGGUGGCUCUUGCGAGGCGGCCGACGAGGAGCCGUACACGUGCUUCUGUAAAUCGGGAUUCACCGGAAAGGAUUGUUCUAUCCGUCGACAGGUUUGCUCGCAUGCGACGCCUUGUCUCAACGGAGGAACGUGCACGAUAAGGAUAACGUUAUCGGGCAACCUAAGCGAGUGCCUUUGUGCUAGUGGAUACACAGGAAAUCGUUGCGCGGACCGCGUUCAAUCUACCGCUUCUACGAAAUCAGGCCUGACGGGCAGCACUGCGCCACCCGGAAAAUCGACCACUCUCGCUGUCAGUGGAUCGAGCCCCUCGGCUGGUGAUGAUUGCUCGUCCUCGAAUGAGGCCCAAAGUUGUCAAAACGGCGGUAGUUGCCGACAAAAUCGUUGCAUGUGCCCCGAUGGUUAUACAGGAAAGCGGUGUGAGGUUGUCUUGUCGUCGUGCGUUUCUAGUCCUUGCGGUGCGAACGAAACGUGUCGAGAUCUGAGCAACAAUAUCCUUCUUCAACACACGUGUGUAUGUAAAGAUGGCUACACUGGCAGACCUUGCCGUCGACGGUCAGACAUACGUACCACUGCUCUAUACGACUUCUGUUCUCUUCACAAACCUUGCGACAACGGCGGCACGUGUCAUUUAAGUUUCAACGGUGUAUAUCAAUGCCACUGUCCUCGGGGAUUUAUCGGGCACUCGUGUGAGGUCGACGCCAACGCGGUCGUCCAGGCUCAAAGUGGAUCGAAAGAAUCACGUGUUCCCGCGUGGGCGUGGGUCAUAUUCGUAACCGGACUGAUUAUCGCCAUCGCCGUAGUGACCACCGCAGUCUUAUACUAUCGCAAAAAGCACAACUACAAUGUGAGCAAGCAAUCGUCGGGCGUUCCCUCGGCUGCGUACCACACCAAUGGAUCCGGAGGAGACACCGUGGCGUUUGACAAUCCCAUUGCGGAUUACGAUACGGACUCUGCGAGGGUCAUUAUAUCUCCGUUUUCCGACGAACACAGCAGUUAGAGGUGAUGUCUCGAAAUAGAUUGUAUAAGGAUGAUUUGGUAUGUAGCUUUAUCGAGUGUGACUGACGUCUUGUUUCUAUAUUGACAUGGAUUUGCUGUCGUUGUGUGUAACGACGGAGUCUGAGCGUUAAUCUUCUCGUAUACAAAUGCCAUGUAGUAUAUUGCGAGUGACGGAAUUGAUUCACGUAAGUCGUUGUAAA